AGGAAUAGGAAUAAAAUAAAGCUCUACAACUCAAAAAAGAAUCAAUCACCGUUUCACUUUUCUUCUUAGCCAAUCCGCUUUUCAUCUUUUUACCUAUCCCUUUAUACCACAAAUAGUUCCCUUCUAACCAAAGAAAGCAGCAACAACAGCUGAGAAGAAAAUGGGCUGUUUCAGCUUCUGCAACUCCAAAACCCCAUCUCCCAUGCAAACUUCCUUCUCUGAAGCUAUGCAAGAAAACCCAGAACCAAGAUAUCUCAAACAAGAGGUUCUUUUACGUAUACCAGGAAGCAAAGUACAUCUGAUGGAUGAAGGAGAAGCUGUAGAACUCUCUAGCGGAGAGUUUAUGAUUGUUAAAAUCUCAGAUGAGAAUGUUUCUCUUGCAACUAUCAUAAAAGUUGGUGAGGAUCUUCAGUGGCCUUUGACAAAGGAUGAGCCAGUAGUGAAGGUUGAUGCUUUUCAUUACUUAUUUUCUCUGCCAAUGAAAGAUGGUGAUCCUCUGAGUUAUGGAGUCACUUUUUUUGAGCAGUCUGGUAGCAACUUGGGCUUUCUGGACUCGUUUUUGAAGGAGCAUACGUGCUUUUCUGGUUCGGAAUAUGCUAGAAAUAAAAAUGUUGAUUGGAAAGAGUUUGCUCCGAGGAUGGAUGACUAUAAUAAUGUGUUGGCCAAGGCAAUUGCAGGGGGGACUGGUCAGAUUGUCAGGGGGAUGUUCAAAUGCAGCAAUGCUUACACCAACCAGGUUCAAAAAGGAGGAGAAAUGAUUAUAACUACAGCUGUGGAGGAGAAAAAUGGUGUCAAACUAAGAAGUAAUAGCAAUAGAAGUGCGGGUGCCACAAAGAAGAGUGGAGUCAACAAAAGCUUAAAACGUGUGAGAAAGCUGUCCAAGAUGACAGAGAAGUUAAGCAAAUCCAUGCUUGACGGUAUUGGUUUUGCCACUGGAUCAGUGAUGAAACCUGUGGUUAAAUCCCAAGCUGGGAAGGCAUUUCUAAAAAUGAUGCCAGGAGAGGUUCUCUUAGCUUCACUUGAUGCUGUCAACAAGAUUUUAGAUGCGGCUGAAGUAGCUGAAAUACAAGCUCUUUCUGCCACCUCCAGGGCAACAACUAGAAUGGUUACAAAGAGAUUUGGAGAAAGUGCAGGGGAGGCCACUGAGGAUGUGCUUGCAACUGCAGGGCACUGUGCUGGCACUGCUUGGAAUAUAUUCAAGAUUCGGAAGGCCAUCAAUCCAGCAUCAUCUGUCUCCACGGGAGUAUUGAAGAAUGCUGCAAAGGACAGCAAAGGAAAAUCUUAAGGGUCAAUUGCAUGGAUUUAUUUUACCAAGUUGGAACGAUAUGUGAUAAAACUGCCUUAUUAUCAAUUUUUUGCACGUCUCUUAAAACUAUGUAAGUGCCCAAAAGAUCACUUUCACCAUAUGCUAGGGAGCAGUAAUGCUUUUUCAUAUGGUGGUUAUCUGUGCAUUUGUGCCUCUUGUUCUUGACAUGGUUUA